AUGGAGGCGCCGGUGAAGGUAUUCGGGCCACUGUUGUCCCCCAACGUGACGCGUGUAAUCCUGUGCUUGGAGGAGGUCGGCGUGGAGUACGAGAUUGUCAACGUGGACUUCAACACCGGCGAGCACAAGAGCCCCCAACACCUCCAACGUAACCCCUUUGGACAGCUUCCAGCCUUCCAGGAUGGCGAACUGAUGCUCUUUGAAUCCCGGGCGAUUUCGAGGCAUGUGCUUCGCAAGUACAAGACUUCGGAGGUGAACCUGCUGAGGGAGGACAACACAUCAGAGGCAGCGCUCGUCGACGUCUGGCUAGACGUUGAAGCACACCAGUACGACCCAGCCAUCGCCCCCAUCAUCUACCAGCUGAUUCUCGUGCCGAUGAGCGGAGGAACUCCCGACCAGAAGCUCAUCGACGAGUCCCUGGAGAAGAUGAAGAAGGUGCUGGACGUGUACGAGGCGCAGCUGUCAAAGCACAAGUACCUGGCAGGGGACUUCGUCAGCCUGGCGGACCUCAGCCAUCUCCCGUACACGGUCCACUUUAUGGCCACGCCAUUUGCAUCGGUGUUGGAUUCCUACCCGAGCGUCAAGGCAUGGGUUCACGACUUGUUGUCCAGGCCAGCAGUCCAGAGGGUCAUCUCCCAGUUCCCCAGAUACUAA